AUGGUGCACUUCCCCCAUCGUGGCCUGUACACCCCCACAAGGCAGCAACUACCCUCCUGCCCCUUGUCACCUCAGCUAUCGCCACACAACUUCUCAGAAGAUGGCGCUCCCUAUUUCACAGGGCCAGGGGCUUCCACAGAGGAUCCAGCCCCCUUGGUGGUAACUGGGACCCUAGGGGCAUCUGUCACUCUGCCCCUGCAGCUGCUGUCAGGACAGCAGGUGCAGAGCAUCUCCUGGAUAUCCCGUUCAGUCCCUGUGGCAUUCGCCACAGUAACCGUGGUAGAAGCUGGAGGACCAGUCACCCUUUACCAGGCGGAAUCCCGAUACCGGAGCCGUGUGAGUGUCGUGGGCCCACACCACUCCCUGCGGAUCAGCAACCUGAGCAGGGAGGACGCAGGGCUCUAUCGAGCCCACCUUAACCUGAGGGGGUCCCACGUCACCCACACCCGGGAGUACAGUCUGCGAGUCUACGAGCAGCUGGCCCAGCCCCGUGUCACACUCAACUCCAGGAGGGGCGAGAAUGGAGACUGUAUCAUCAUCCUGACAUGUGCAAUGGAAAGCACAGGCGACACUGUGACCUACAGUUGGAUGCCCCUGGGGCCCCGGACUGUGGUGUCCGAUGGAGGGUCUGUCCUCAGUGUCUCCUUGAGGGCCGGGGACAGUGCUCUGACCUUUACCUGCAUGGUCCAGAACCCAGUCAGUAACAGCAGCUCCCUCCCCAUCUCAGUGCCUCACCUCUGCUCAGGCCCAGGAACCCUGCGAGGGGUCAUUGUAGGGGAGAUUGUGAUCGGCACCCUCGGGGAGUCGGUUACUCUACCCCUCGAGAUACCCGACGGGCAGGAGGCAGAAAACGUCACGUGGAGCUCUCCAGAGUUCCUUGCUGUUCUGCAGCCAGGACCAGCAGGCAAACCAGUCCUGGUUGUGGAGACUCAGGGACCCUACAGCGGGCGGCUGAGUGUGCCCCUCCGGGGCUAUUCCCUGCAGAUCAGCCCUCUGAGGCUGCAGGACUCUGGCCCCUACAGAGCCUGGAUCACUUUGCGUUCUCCUCCAGUCAACAUCACCAAGGAUUUCACCCUCCGUGUCUAUGGGAGGCUGCAGGAGCCCAACAUUACCGUUAGCUCCCGGAUUGUGAGGGAUGGGACCUGCUUCAUCACUCUGGCCUGCUUUCUGGAAUGGGCUGGAGAGGAUGUUCAGUACAGCUGGGAACCCCAUGGCCAGGGGGCAGUUGUAUCCCAUGGGGGAACCACUCUCAGCGCCUCCUGGAGAUCUGGGGACAGUGACAGCUACCGCUGCACUGCCAGGAACCCUGUCAGCCAGAGCUCCCGCUCCAUCUGUGCUCGGCCACUCUGCUCAGCCUCCAUUCUGCCCUGCUCCCUGAGGAAGGAGUUUCUUCUCUUUUUGAUCCUUGGAGCCUUGAGAAUUGAAUAGACUUGAUGGUGACCCAUGGAGGAAUGGCAGAAGGCAGGCACCCAAAGAGAUACAGAGGUAAAGAAGUCUUUGCACAUGGAGAGUCCUCAAAGCCAGCAUCUCAGGGUGUGAGUGAGAGAGGGACUUUGACAUUGAUGAAGGCAUAAAACCUAUUUCAUUUGCAAGCUGAGCUCAGAAUUAUGAGGAAAUGACUACAUAUCUUCUGUUUAAAAUAGUCCGUGUUGGGUUUAAUUGUGUCAUAAAGAAAAGAGGCCUUAUUCUUUCACGAAAAAUUAAGUGGUUUGAAACAUCAGAAGGUUAGUAAAAUUAUUAAGUUUAUUGCAUACAUUUUAUUAGUUUUUUGUUGGUGUUUAAGUAAAUGGGUGCAAAGGGCCUAGUUUCAGCUUAAAUCCAUCUCCUUGGAGCAGCCUUUUACCACCACACUUAAGUAGAUCUUCCCUUUUAUUCAUAAUUAUUGUACCCAGUUCAAUUUUGUCAAAGCACUUGUCACCUCUGGGGGAAUAGAAACAAUGGAAUUGCUAGAUUGCUUGAUUGCCUGAUGGCUUUGACCAUAUUUAGAUAAGUUUCACAGUAACAGAUACAUAUAAAAUAAGUACAUUUAAAACAGAACAUUAUCAACCAUAAGUAAAAGAAAGAGUUGUUCAAAAGGAAUGGAAUCACAUGGUUUAAAUGUGAAUGCAUAUUAUCAUAAACAUUCAAUAGUAAUUUAACAAAAAUUUAUGGCAUAACUUUCCUGGGAGAGUGGGUGGAAAGACUGUGUGUUGAGGGUUAUUGAGGGAAUGUGGAGGGCGGGGGGAUAAGAGACUCAUAGCAGGAAGACAGUACAUAAUGUCUAAAACCAAGAAAAAGCAGAUUAAAUGUAUUACUUUGAAUAAUCAAGGAAAUCUCAGAAGAAACGGAUCGAAGAAUUGACAGUAGUUGUCUUUAUGCAGCUAUAGUCUGGGGUGGGGUGUGGCAGAGGUCUGUUUUUUAUUGUAUUUUUAACUAUGUAUAUACAUAUGUACAUGUAGUAUUUUGAAACAAGAAAAAUACAAAACACAUACACAAAGAGACAAAGAACAAAAAAGAAAAUUCAGAGGUCUAGGAAACUGACUAGAAGGAAAUGGGGAGACUGGGAAAUUAGAGGUGGGGUUAUGAGAAAAAGGACAGCAGGAAGAGUGAACAAUAUAAAAAAGAUGCAGAGAUUAAUCCGCAAAAUUGUAGUUGAAACACAUACCCGUAAUUACACUUGGCUAUCUUUUCACUAAAUAUAGCUCCAUUUAUGCACUCAACAUAAUUCAACACUAGUAAAUAGUUAAUAUGUAGGCGUAUUUUAAAAGAUAAUAAAACUUUCAUAGCUGGGGAAGGCAGCUCUGGGACUGUCAGCUAUCUCGCCUUUUUCUCACACAUCUGUCAAUCAGGCAUUCCAGGGGGCGUGAUCACUGAAAGGAAACACACGGCUAUUGAAGGUCCAGAUGUGCAAAUGCAAAUCUAGGUCACAAUUUUACUCUUUGCAUCUGAAGGGCCCCAGCACCCCUUAACUGCAUGGGUUGUAGCCUGGAAUUGGCAUGUGAAGGAGGAGGAAGAAUUAGUUCAGUGUCUGUCUGAGCAAUCUCGGAGAAGUCACCAACUCUUGUGGGCAUGGAAUGCUUCAUCCCCAGCCUCCAGUCUCAGGCUGGGUAGCAAAAUAGGAGGCUAGUUCCUGAUGGUAAAUGUCCUGAAUUAUUGAAAGCCCUGAGAUUCCCCCAGAGGAGGAAAGGUCUCAAAUAUUUGCCCUUAAUUACCAAGAGUGGACAUUAAUUGGAAGUUGUUUUAGGUGUGAGGGGAGGAUGGUGUGCAUCUGAGGGUGUCCUGCCUGCCUGCCUUCAUGCAGCCAGAGGUACUUGCUGUGUGGCAGGAAGAAGGACAGAUUGGAAGAAAGAGGAGGGAAUGACUGACCCUCAGGAGUAAAUUAACCACUGUUUCAACCCAGAUUAGCCUAUCACAGGAUAAUCUUUACUGAGGAAUCUGAUGCGGACACUGACUCCUGUCUAUGGUGCUUUCCUAUACUACCUGAUGUUUUCUGUUCUGAUAGUGAAGAGCCAGUUAUUCCUUCUGAUAUAGAAGCAUAUUUAACAGAACUUUUACCUAAAAACACUCAAGUACAAUUUCCAAAUGAUAAAAAGUGGAAAGGCCUUACUAUAAUAACUAGAAAAGAUGAUUCAUAUCUUCAAGUCCUAUAUUAGAAGAUUAUACUGAAGAAGAAGCUAAAUAGUUGAAAAAAGCUGUGAAUAUUUUCAAGAAAGCAGAGAGGGCCUCUCAACCUUCUUAGAAAUAGAUAACAUGUAACCGUCUGGUCCUCUAUGUAAAAAGUAAACAGAUAGGGCUGCAGCUGCUACUUUAAUCAUAGAGAAGUCAUAAGUAAUGCAGCAAGGCUGAAUACAGUUCUAAUCAAAUGUAUGUUUGUCAACAUGAUGUAAUGGCUAAACUAAUCAUAGAAUGAAAUAAGAAAACUAUAUUAAGAAGUUAGAGAUAAGUAAUACUAAUCUCUUCUAAUUUUUAGAUUUUAUAUAAGUAAAAAUUAUGUUAUAUUGCUCUUACAGAAGUCAUAGCUUAAUCAGUAGAAAUAUUAUCAGUAGAUUUUAUAGACAUUCAAGGCUAAGUCUCUGAUAACGCUGUAGAUAUCCUCCUUUGAUCCUGAACCACUCAUGGAUCAAGACGCUUUGUGAAUCACUCGUAGUUCAAAUGUAAAAAUAGAAUAUGAUUUGAUCAAAUGUAAAUAAAAAUGCUAUAAGUACUCUGUAACUCGUACAAGGGGGAGCUCUCUGAUCUCAUGACCAGCUGCAUCUGGACCAAGCAGGGGCUCCCAGGCUUGGUAAUAUAUCAAUCAAUUUUUACAUUGUAAACUUGUACCUUUUACCUUAAGUUCUCCAUUAGUAAAAAUGUGUUGAAUUUGAA